AAUAUUUGUCGACUCAUCCGCCAUCUUGAAGUGUCACAUUUCUUUCAAAGAAGUUUUUUUCUUCGUCGUUUAUCUUUGGCAAAUUACAAUGCCUGGACCAGAAGAACCGAUCACCAAAGUGGUGGUCCACCCGAUUGUGUUACUAAGCGUCGUAGAUCACUUUUAUCGAAUGGGUAAAGUUGGAAACCAGAAGCGAGUUGUCGGAGUAUUGCUAGGUUCCAGGCGAAAAGGUGUCCUCGAUGUAGCGAACAGUUUUGCUGUUCCUUUUGACGAAGAUGAAAAAGAUCCGAGUGUAUGGUUCUUAGAUCACGAUUACCUAGAAAACAUGUAUGGAAUGUUCAAGAAAGUGAAUGCCCGGGAGAGAAUUGUCGGCUGGUAUCAUACUGGGCCAAAGCUACACCAUAAUGAUGUUAAAGUGAAUGAGUUAAUCAGGAGAUACUGCUCUAAUUCAGUGCUUGUUAUUAUUGACGCAAAACCUAAAGAUCUUGGCUUACCUACAGACGCAUAUGUUGCUGUUGAGGAAGUACAUGAUGAUGGAACUCCAACAACAAAAACAUUUGAACACAUUUCUAGUGAGAUAGGAGCAGAAGAGGCUGAGGAAGUUGGUGUUGAACAUCUUCUCAGGGAUAUAAAGAAUCUAACUGCUGGGACACUUUCACAACGCAUUACCAACCAGUUGCUAUCACUUAAAGGUCUUAACUCACGUCUUCAAGACAUCAGAGACUAUCUGGAUAAAGUAGCGACAGGUAAACUUCCUGUCAAUCACACCAUCAUCUACCAAUUACAAGACGUGUUCAAUUUGCUACCAAACUUAAGCCUGGAAGAAUUUGUCAAGUCGUUGUCAGUGAAAACCAAUGAUCAGAUGUUAGUUGUUUAUGUGGCUUCCCUUGUUCGUGCUGUGAUCGCUCUUCACAAUCUGAUCAACAAUAAAGUGGCCAACAGGGAUGCAGAGAGAGACGAGGCUAGCAAGAAAGAAGACAAAAGCAAAGAAACCAAGGACAAAGAUACCAAAGAUAAGAAUAGUCAGGAAAAGGACAAAGCAGAGAAAUCCAAAGCAGAAGACACUAAGAAAUCUUGAGUGUAGGACGUCUGAUAAAACACAUGCAGGAUCUUGUCAAAACUAUUAUGCCCCUUAUUCUAACCUCAUCUCCUUCAGAGUGAUUGAAGCCUAGAUUCUCAUUACUUUUAUUCGACAAAUUUAAGAAAACCAAUUUUCCAAAGGAGAGUUAAUUUAUAGAGAAUGUAUCAGAAAAAGUGAGGGGAAUGUUUAGCCAACAUUGAGCUUAAAGGUUUCAAUCGUAUGCCUUGCCUUUGAAAGAAACUGCUGGAACACUUGUAUUUAGUUACGGACUGUGUUUCACGACACUAUGUCAAGGAUGUGGUUGAGCAUCUUUAAAUUAGAUUAGUCAACUUCUGUUUGAUUAAAAAAAAAAGAAACACAGUAACUCUUGCUGCGUUACCUACCUGUAGCAUGUAUUCCAACUUUAAUGUAAUGGCUUUCUGCACAUGCAGAUGAAAUGAAUCAAAUCCUGUGCUGUGAUUGGCUAUCUGAGCCAGCAAGAUUGUGCUAUCAUGCUUGCUUAGGAUUACCCACUGAUUACAACCAGAAAAUGGCAUUCUUUAUAAUAUACCAUAUAUUAUAACCUGUGUUGAC